AUGGAACUUUUAAAUACCAAUAGCCACAAGAAAAAACAACAAAUUGAAAUUUUUAGCCAAUUUGCACAGCCAAUAGAAAGUAAUAGUUCAAGGCUUGUGUUAAAGUACCACGACUUUAUCGAAUUAAUCACCAACAGCAGAGAUUUUUAUGAAAAAUUCACUGACCACUGUUUUAACUUAAACCAAAUUCCCAAGAAUACAUUUGGUUGUAUAUUUUUUGCAUUAGAUGAACAAAAUAAAGGUUAUUUAACAAUAAAUGAUUGGUUCCAUUUUAAUAAUUUAUUGGAAUUGGAUAACUACCAUUUGAUCAUUCUGUAUGAGUUUUUAAGAAAAUGUGACCCAACAAGUCAAUUAAAAACUUAUAGUUACGGUAACAAAUUUUUAAGCUUUGACUCGUUAGAACUUGAUCUGAGCAAUUUUAAAAAUACUAUAAAAAUUAUACAGUCCGGCGUAAAUGACACCUUUUUAAAUGCCAAUAAUUUACAAUUGAAUUGGGAUGAUUUUAAGUGGCUACCUUUAUAUUUGAAGAAAAACAACAAAUUGACUUUGAAUUCAUUAUUAUCCAUUUUGCAAAAUGAUUUGAAAACGGAAAAAUGCAUCAAUGGGUUUCAAAACCUAUGUUGCGAUUCUAGUAGUGGAAAUACUGAUUUGGGGGAAACUAUUAGCAAAAACCAAUUAAUUUACUUAUUAAAACUAUUGUAUUCCCAUAGAAUUAGUGCGGACGUCUUUGGUUCUUUGAAUUUAUCAAAUUCGUUUUUAAUAAAGUCGGACAAUAACUAUAUUUCAUAUAAUGUCUUCAAAGAUAUUAUAUAUCUUUUCGAGAAUUUCGAUUUAAUAAACCAAAUUAUAUUACGUUAUGCAGAAGAAAAUUCCUUGGAUGAAAAUGACUGGAAAACACAUAUUUUAAAUAAAAAAAAUUUCAUGAAUUUCAUUAAUCACCAUUAUGAUAAGAUUAAUAAUAUUUCUGAGUUUACACCAUCCCAGAUUAAUUUAUUGUUUUCCAUUGUGGCCAAUUCUAAAGAAAACAAUUUCAAAUUUAAGAAAAAUAAUGUCCAAAAUCAAGUGAAUACUGGAAACCCUAGCGCUGUUGAUGACCAUGAUUCGAAGAAUUAUGAUGCCAAUUACAGUCAAUGCAACGUUUAUUGUCACAAGGAUAAAUAUAUCAACGAAUAUAUUAAUAAAGAGUACAAUAAAGAUUGGUUAAGAGAAUACUCCAAAGAAUACUCGGCAGAAGUUUUCAAUCAGAAUUACAACGCUUUGAUGAUGGAUUUGGAUCAAUCUAAAAACAUCCAAAGUUCAGCUACUUCUCUAUUUAAAUUUUUCUGCGACAAGCUUUUCAUGGCUUCUCCCGCCGACAGUACAGCUGCAAAUAUCCAUCCAUUGAAUUAUUUAACCGUGGAAGAUUUUUUAAAAUUGGUCAAUCCCAACUACCUAAAUGAUAAAGUGCAUGAAAUGGAAAUGAGUAGAUUAAAAUCAGAAUCUCUAAGAACAAAUUUUUACUUCUUCCCCAUUUUUGACUCCAUACAUAAUUUCUUAUUGGGCUCGAUCGCGGGUUGUAUUGGUGCCACCGCUGUUUAUCCGAUUGAUAUGGUCAAAACCAGGAUGCAGGCACAGCGUACUAAUGAUCUAUAUAAAAAUAGUAUAGACUGUUUUGUGAAAAUUCUGCGCAGGGAGGGAAUAAAGGGCAUCUAUUCUGGUUUAGGUCCACAAUUAAUUGGGGUUGCCCCAGAAAAGGCUAUCAAAUUGACAGUCAACGAUUAUAUGAGAAACACUUUUACUGAUACUAAAACGGGUAACAUCAAAGUGUACCAAGAAUUGCUUAGUGGUGCAAUGGCUGGUGCUUGUCAAGUUAUCUUUACAAAUCCGUUGGAAAUAGUUAAAAUCAGAUUGCAAGUCAAAAAUGAAUAUAAAGGUGGUGCAGGUAUUACUGCUACCAGCAUUAUUAGGAAAUUGGGACUCACUGGUUUGUAUAAAGGUGUGUUGGCUUGUUCUCUACGAGAUAUCCCCUUUUCGGCCAUUUAUUUUCCGACAUAUGCUCAUAUCAAAAAAGAUUUAUUUAAUUUUGACCCAAAAGAUAAAAACAAAAGAAGUAAACUAGAAACUUGGGAACUUUUGACUUCCGGUAGUUUAGCUGGUAUUCCGUCUGCUUAUUUAACCACCCCGUUUGAUGUCAUCAAAACAAGAUUACAAAUUGUACCCAAAAGUGGUGAAACUAAAUAUACUGGUAUCAUUCAUGCUGCAAAAACUAUAUUAAGGGAGGAAAGUUUCAAAAGUUUUUUUAAAGGGGGAGGUGCUCGUGUUUUGAGAUCGUCCCCUCAAUUUGGGUUUACCUUGGCUGCAUAUGAAAUAUUUCAAAAUUUGUUUCCAUUGCAACAAAAUAACAGUAUGGGUUCUAAAAUGGAUGAAAAAAUGACACAUGAUACAAUGUCGCCACAUUCCCCGGAGUCGUCUACUAGUCAAAUGCCAAGUGAUACUUCGCAUUUAAAGACAAAUUAUAUGGAUUAUUAUUAUAAAAGUUGUAAUAUUUCAAAAGUUUUCAUUGAUUUAGAUUAUAAUUUUGCACAAUUUAAUUAUGAUGUUUAUCAAAAAUUGCGUGAUUUGGUACGGAAGGGAAAUAAUUAA